AUGGCGGAUGCAGCGGUCGCGCUACCGUAUCUGUCAACGCAAUAUGGGAUUCCAGAAGCAACGCUAUCUACGUUGACCCAAGCACCAACUGUGGAUCUAGUCAACCAGCUCCUCCAGUCUAUCACGAAGAAAGCUCAUGACUUUGACGAACUCAAAUCUGAUAAACUUCGCUUGGAGGUCGAGCUCGAAAAUGCUAUCCGCAGCAAUGACUCGAGAGUGAAGGUUUUGAAGUCGACCGUCGAAAAGAGCCAUGCAGAUGUUGAGGAAUUGAGAAAGAAAUUACAUGAAUCAGAAACUCAGUGCUCGGCCCUGGAGUCCGAGAUAUCCUCUCUGAAAUCGUCAACCACAUCGAACGAGACGGAAUUCGCAUCCCUCAAGUCGCGCAUCUCUACACUUGAGUCUGAAAAACGGGAGAGUCUGGUAUUGCUCGAGUCGAAGUCGACAGCCCAUGAUAAGCUUGCCGAAGAGCUUUCAAAUCAACACAAGAAAGUCAUCGAACUUCGACGGGAACUCUCCGCAAGCGAGCAAAAUCUACAAAAUGCCAAUUCAGCUGUGGCCAGUUCACGAUUCCGCGAGCAAAACCUCCAGCAAGAACUUGAACUAGUCAAGAAGAACAGCGAAUGGUUCGAGACGGAGCUCAAGACAAAGGCAUCUGAGCACUCUAAAUUCCGCAAAGAAAAGAGUGCCCGUAUCGCUGAGCUCCAGCGCGUGAAUGAAGAAGCAGCUAACACGAUCGACGCCCUGCGACGGAGCGAGAAUUCUCUCAAAGCCCGACUCGAUGAGACCGAGCAGCGAUAUGAGGAAAGUCUUGCAACUAUCGGACAGCUAAAGGAAACAGCAAUUCAAGCCGAGGAAACCUUCCGGAUCGAGUUAGAGACUGCGACGCGUCUCGCCAAACUUCAGGAGUCCUCGGCCAGCUCCGCGAAACAACGCGCCCAGGAGUGUCAGAUCGCUCUCGAAAAUGCCAAGAAUGAAGCUGCCGAAGAAAUUGCACGCCUGCGUGUUGAAAUGGAGACUGAACACGCCGACAAGGAAGCGGCGGAAACGAGGGUCUCAGAGCUUGAGGCAACGGUUGCGCAGCUCGAGGCGCAAGGUUCAAUCAACCGGUCCGCGAGCCCUGCCCGCUCCCUUAACGGAGCAAUGCCAUCCACUCCUGGACGUCCAGGAACCCCUGGGAGCACCUUCUCGCCCAGAAUGUCUCGGUCCAAGGGCAACCUGACCUUCACUCAGAUGUAUACCGAAUACGACAAGAUGCGCACACAACUUUCAAUGGAGCAGAGAACGAACCAAGAGCUCAGAUCUACACUCGACGAAAUGUUACAAGAGCUCGAAUCAACUAAGCCAGAGAUCGACGACCUCCGAAGUGAUCAUAAGCGUCUUGAAGAUGCUGUGAUGGAUUUGUCGGGGCUUCUGGAGACUUCCGCCAAGGAGAGAGACGACGCUAUUAAGGAGGCCAGGAAGUGGCAGGGCAAGGUUGAGGGUCUCACGCGCGAAGGCGAUAUUCUCCGUCAACAGCUUCGUGAUCUUAGUGCUGAGGUCAAGGUUCUGGUGAUGGAAGUGGCCAUUGUGAAGCAUGGCGAGGACUAUGACCGAGAAGAACUCGAAAAGAUUGCUCGCAAUGAGAUUGAAGAAUCUGCGGCCGAGCUGAACCCGACUGGGCUUUUCAUUAGCCGCAAUCUGGUGACGUUCAAAGAUCUCCAUGAGCUUCAGGAGCAAAAUUUGACCUUGCGACGAAUGUUACGUGAACUUGGCGACAAAAUGGAAGGCGAAGAAGCCCGCGCCAGGGAUGCCAUCCACCAACAGGAAGUGGAAGAAUUAAAAGAACUGCGCAUCCGAGUGCAGACUUACCGCGACGAAAUCGCCAACCUUGUCGCGCAAUCAAAGAGCUAUGUCAAGGAGCGAGAUACAUUCCGAAGCUUACUUACGCAUCGCCGUCAAACAGUGGGUGGCGAGGGCGUUUUCUCACAAUCAGUCCCCCCUGGUGCCGCGCCUCUGGUUGCCCUUGACAGCCAGAUAAAGGAUGGCACUGACUAUGGCGAGCUUUUGCGUAAACUGCAAGCCCAUUACGAUACGUUCCGUGAGGAGACUCUUGCGGAUCACUCCUCAUUACGACAGCAGGUUAAUGAGCUUUCGCGCAAGAAUAGUGAGCUGAUGAGCGAGAUCAGUAGAUCCAACAGCCAGCUUGCCGCAGCCUCACAGCGCGCUGAGCUUCUUCAAAAUAACUUUGACAUGCUCAAGAGUGAGAACAGCGGGCUUCAAGGUCGCUACUCAACCCUCCUCGAAAAUUCCAGCAAGCAUGAACUCAGAGUACAACAAGCCGCUGAGGAUCUUGUUGAGGCGAAGGGCUUGGUGGAAAGUCUCCAACGUGAAAAUUCGAACCUGAAGGCCGAGAAAGAUCUUUGGAAGAAUAUUGAGAAACGUCUGAUCGAUGAUAUUGAAAGCCUUCGCAAUGAGCGUGGCCGUUUGGACUCCUUGAAUGCGAACCUUCAAACCAUUCUGAACGAACGGGAGCACACCGAGUCUGAGACCCGUCGCAGACUUCAAACCAGCUUGGAAAAUCUAGAAUCGGAGUUGCAGUCCACAAAACGAAAACUCAACGACGAAACCGAGAGCGCUAAACAAGCUGCUCUUCGCCGGGAUUAUGAACAGGAGCAAAGUCAGAAGAGAAUCAAUGAUCUGGUCAGCAGUCUCAGCAGUGUUCGAGAGGAGCUGGUGGCGACGAAGACCACUCGAGAUCACCUGCAAGCUCGCGUCGAUGAGCUUUCUGUUGAGCUCAAGAGUGCUGAGGAACGCCUUCAGGUUGUUCAAUCCCGACCGAGUGUUUCAACCGCACCAGCUGACGAGGCACCUGUGAAUGAGGACGAAAAUGGCACAGGCCUCACCCGUGAACAAGAGCUGCUCAUGCAGAUCUCCGAGCUCAAACGGGACCUUGAUCUGGCUAAGGGCGAGCUGGCACAUGCCAAGGAGCAAGUCGAAGAGUACCGGGCUAUCAGCCAGUCGACCGAGGAACGGAUGGAGGCUGAGGCCGACACACAUGCUCAGUAUCGGGAGGAAACUGACGUGUUGAUUCAAGAGAAGGACAAGAAGAUUCGGGAUCUAGAGACGAGAAUAGAAGAGAUCUCUGCCGAACUGUCUUCCACAAGCACGGAUCUUUCUAAGCUCCGUGAUGAGCAAGGCGAGACGACACGCCAUUUGGAGGAGCAAAAGUCUCAAUUGGAAUCUCAGAUCAUCCGGCUCAAAGAGGACAAUGAUAGGUAUAUCGCUGCUGCGCAAUGUCAUCAGGAUGAUCUUAAAGCCCAGGCCGAGAUUUCACAAAACAUGCAGAAGAGCUACGAAACUGAGCUUAUCAAGCAUGCCGAGGCCGCCAAGACUGUUCAGGCUGUGCGAGCUGAAGCAAAUCAACUGAAGCUUGACAUGGCCAAGUUACGGAUCCAGGCUGAGACCCACAAGAAGGAUCUUGUCCAGAAAGAGGAGAGCUGGGCAGAGCAAAAGGCCAGAUACGAAGGUGAACUUGCUGAGCUGCAGAAACGCCGGGAGGAGGUCAAUCAUCAAAAUUCCGUUCUUCAUAGCCAGCUCGAGAGCAUCUCUGGACAAAUUGCGGCCCUUCAGCGAGACCGCGCAGGCGGAUCUGGGAGCGAGGAGCAGGAAGGUGAUCAGGCGGCUCCUGAUUUGGAGGGUCUUCAAGAGGUCAUCAAAUACCUUCGACGCGAGAAAGAGAUUGUCGAGGUGCAGUACCACCUGUCUACGCAGGAGGGCAAACGCCUGCGCCAACAACUCGAUUACACGCAAAGUCAACUUGAUGAAACUCGUCUCAAGCUCGAACAGCAACGUCGCGCUGCUGCUGACAGUGAUCACAACGCUCUGAAUCACAACAAGCUUAUGGAAACUCUUAACGAAUUGAACUUGUUCCGCGAAAGCAGUGUCACGCUGCGUAACCAGGUCAAGGAAACCGAAGCAGCACUGGCUGAAAAGUCGGCGCGCGUUGAUGAGUUGACACAACAAAUUCAGCCCCUGGAAAUCAAGAUCCGCGAGCUGGAGGGUAACAUCGAGGCCAAGGACGGCGAAUUGCAGUUACUACAAGCUGACCGGGACCACUAUCAAAAGCGGGUACAAAAUAUUCUGCAGAAGUAUGAUCGUGUGGAUCCUCAGGAAAUGGAAGCUUUGAAUGAGAAGUUGGCCACAUUGGAGAAAGAGCGCGACGAAGCCAUCACGUCGCGCGAUGCACUCAAGGCCGAGAUGGAAGAAAAGCUCCAGGCCGCGGCGCAAGCAGCAGAAACUCGCACAACUGAACUUCGUACUAAGCUCACUGACCAGUUCAAAGCCCGCUCUCGAGAUUUGUCCAACAAAAUUUUGGGUCACAAGCAAGAGAAGGAGACAUUGCAGGCUGAACUCGCAGCGACGAAAGCAGAGCUAGAGGUGGUCAAGGCCAAGGUCUCUGCACUCGAAGCAAAUGCCGUGCCUGCCGGCGAACCAGCCCAGUCAGCGCCAGAGGAAGGGGUCCCUGUCAACUCGACUCCGGCAUCCCAAUUCCCCACGGCGACCGCAACUGUUGUGUCCGCAGGAGACGAGCAAAAGAUUAAGGAACUCGAGACCAAGAUCCAGAGCUUGGAGGCAGCACUUGCUGAGAAGGAUGCACUCAUCGCCACUAAGGAUGCAGAGCUUGAAUCGAAGAUUAAGGAGCGCGCCGACAAGCUCAAAGAGUCUUUCAACAGCAAGCUGGUCGAAAUUAAGGCCAACCACCGCCAGGAAAUUGAGAAACUCUCAUCGAUGGAGGCUGCCGUCCCUACCACUCCUUCGGUGGAUGCAACGCAGGCGCCGGCGACGCCGGCGAAGAGUCUUUCUGAUCUUGUUGAACUUACCGAUCAACAAGUUCGCGAGUUACUGCAAAAGAAUGAAACUCUUCGGACCAUUGUCAUGAACAACAUUCGCACCAAGGUGGCUCAGGCAGAGAGCAGACUGAAGGAGGAGGCUGAAAAGGCCACUAAACUUCAUGAAGAGGCCGUUGCUGCGUUGAAAAAGGCGCAGGAAGAAGAAACCGCUGAGAAGGUCAAGGCUGCUGUUCAGCUUUCCGACAAGAAAACGGCCGCCCGGAUCAGCAUGCUCGAAACUCGCAUGAAGACAUCCUUGGCCAAGGUCGAGGUCGUUUCCAAAGCUGCAGAGCAAACUCCCCAAAAGCCUGUUGUCGAAGUCUGGGAGGUAGCAAAGACAGCUCGGCCGCUGGCCCCUGCCCCUAAGCCUCCAGCAAGCGCGCCUGCACCUGCACCUGCUGCUGCUACUACUACUGGAACUUCUACUGCGGCCGCUCCUGCUACCGCUGGUGCCGAUGCGAACCCUACAGUGUCUAAACCCACUGCGUCUGGCCCGACUGCAUCCAAUCAACAACAGCCAGCUGCCCCGGUUACUGAGGCUGUUACAACUCAAGCCCCGACCCCCGUGCCAACAGCACAGCAGGCUCAGACUCAGGCCCAUGGCGGUGCCCAAGCUUCGGCCACCCCGAACCCCUUCGGCCAGGCGCAGCCUGGUUCACAACAACCCCAGCAGCCACAACCAUCUUCCCUGCCAUCUAAACCUCCUUCUGGUACCGCUCCAGGCAUGCUGCGAGCCUUGCAGUCGGGUCUCCCCGUUGCGCGGGGAGGUCGUGGAGGCCGUGGCGGUGGUCAACAGAAUCCAUUUGGUCAUGCACAAGCGCAGCAGGGUGAGCAGCAGCAGCAACAACAACAACAACAACAGCCCCAGCAGCAGCAGCAAUCAUCCCAGCCACAGGCCCAGGGUCAACGCGGGUCAGGUGUCAUACGUGGCCGCGGUGGACGUGGAGGUCAAGGCCGUGGGGGAGCCCACAAUGCCGGUGGUGCACCAAACAGCCAGGGAGCAAACCAGGGACCCUCAAGUCCCGCUGGCAAUCGUGGCAAUCUGAAUGUGCAGGCGCGUCAAUUUAUCCCGCAGGGUAACAAGAGGACUCGCGAGGAUGGAACGGACGCUACCCAGGAGGGUGCCAACGCAGGGAAGCGCAUGAGAGGAGGAGGUGGUGGAGGACAAGCCCGUGGUGGUGGAUCAUCAUAA